CAAAAAUCAAAUGCAUUUGAAGGUUAAGUAUGUUGAAGAUAUAUGGGACCACGAUCCCGGUGUUGAUCUUGCCGAUAUAACGCUGCAGCUGGGCAAUCUAGAACCGAGCAAAGAUGACCGCGCCGAGCUGGUCCAGCAACGGAUCGAUCUGCUAACGUUGAGCCAGCAACAAUCCAAGGACACUAGCCCGGUAGCCGGCUCCAAGUGUAGCACUCCGCUGAAGAUGAACACGUUCCCGCGCGUCAAAAAGCAAGAGGACGACGACUUUGUGCUGAACCAGCGCAAGCGUCGCUUCUUCCACAACUACAGCUUCAACUUCCAGAAGCACAAACAGCUCAAAGAAAAAAUCACAGCGGCGAUCGAGCGCAAGAACAUCUUCUCGAUCGUCGGCCAAUAUCCAGCGCUGCGAAAAGCGCUCAAGAAGCGAAACUGGCUCGAAAAGCAAACGUACAAGUGCGCCCUCGCCCAGGACCUGUCCAUGCACUCAUUGCUGCACAAAGCCCACGAGGGCAACGAGUUCGAAGAGGCGCUGAUCUCGCGAAUCCUGCGACCCCACAACGCCGACUUCAUCUGGCAGAACCGUCACAUCAAAGAGUCCAAAAAGGAUCGCUUCUACACGCCCUACCGGAGUCGGAUCUACUACGAUCGUACGUCCGACUUCACCAUGAAGGAAGGCCUGGUCAAGGUGAUCGAGACCAUCCACUGGCACCAGGACGACGGCAUCGCCGAACUCGACUCGCCGCGAACCCACCUGCUCGACUGCGAAGACUCCAUCACCCGCUUCCUGGAAGACUUCCAGCUUACCACCUGCACCAGCUUCCUCCACCACCUGUCCAAAUUCCUCGACUCGAUGUUCGACGAAGACGGCACCAAAGAAGUCACGAUCAUCACCACUGCCAUGAACUACUGCCGGUACCACCUGGCCUGUGCCCGCCACGAGGACGUCGACUACCAGGAGUACUGCUCCCCCCUCCUCUCCGCCGAGGAUCGCGCCACGAUCGUGGAGAUCCUUCGGGAGGAGGCCCGCUUCAAGAUGCUUCCCGGGUACGAGAUCCUCUCGCUGGUCGCCCAGGUCAAGAAGCUCGUCCUGGAAGCAACCAAACACUUCCCCGACAUGAAGAUCGACGGCGUGCGGAACGUGUGGAUCCUGAAGCCGGGCAACCGGUGCCGCGGACUCGGCAUUCAGAUAUUUAACGAUGACCGCAAGCUGCUCGAGUUUGUCGACGCCAACCCGGACCAGAAGUACGUGGCGCAGAAGUAUAUCGAAAAACCGCUGCUCAUCCACAGCACCAAGUUCGACAUCCGGCAGUACUUCCUGGUCACCUUCACCGGCAACAACCUGCGGGUGUGGAUGUUCCGCGACUGCUACCUGCGCUUCAGCUCGCGCGAGUUCAACCUGGACGACUACAACGAGUCGAUCCACCUGACCAACUACUCGAUCCAGAAGUAUUACGCGGCGGAGAAGACGCGCAAGCCGGACAGUCCGCUGCCGGGGUGCAACAUGUGGUCCAGCAAGCAGUUCCAGCAGCACCUGCAAUCGCUCGACAAGGGCUACUACUGGGAGCGCAAGAUCUACCCGGACAUGAAGAAGAGCAUCCUGGCGGUCGUGCUGGCCAGCACCGAUGGCAUGAAGAUGGAACGGAACAUGUUUGAGCUGUACGGGGCGGAUUUCAUGGUGACGGACAACUUCCGGACGAUGCUGAUCGAGAUCAACUCCAGUCCGGAUCUGUCAUCGUCCACCGAAGUCACGGAGGUGAUCUGUCCGGCCGUGCUGGAAGACCUGGUCAAGGUGGUGAUCGAUAACACGAACGACAAGCGGGCCGGAACGGGUCAGUUUGAGUGCAUCUUUUCGGCGGAGAUCCCGCGGGUGGCCCCGUACUGUUACGGCAUGAUGCUCGAGGGUAAGCCACUGGGGCCGAAAAAUCGCUGCAAGAGUCCCCAGCCGCCGACGGGGCCACCAAUGUACUCGCUGAACCGGAGCCGCGCCAACCGGUCCUGUGGCGGUGGAGUGCCCAACUCGUCCGGCGGAAGCAGCUCGAAAGGGUCUAGCGCGAGCAGUUGCGUCGAAAGACCGCGGUCAACUUUGAGCACUAGAUAAAAUCGUACGUAGAUAAAUUCGGAAAGAAAAAGUGGAAGUUUUUAUAAAAAAAAUCGCGUGAUUCGUUACCAAUAACUUUACACACUUUGUUACACUUUUUAAAAACCCAGCGCGCAGCGUUUGUCGAUACUUUGUUCAGUAGUUACUACUCGGAAAUUGCAAUAAAAACGAAAAAUUACCAAUGA